AUGAAUGAAGCAGAUUCAGCUAGAAAUCUUGAUGACCAUCAUCCCAAACACGCCCUUCACCCUCACCAACAAAUCUCAUUCUCCAUGCCACACAACAUCCACACCCAAACACGCCCUAACGCCGCCCCCAAUGACAAUCUCCCGCCUUUCUCCAAACCCUUACUCGCCGGCGGCUAUUUCCCUCCCGUCGUCGCCGGCAUCCCCUACAACCCACAACCCGCCGGAGUCCGGCAACCUCCGACGCUCGACCUGGGCGGCCUCACACUGUCGUUCCCGGCCGCCGCCACCCUCCGAGAGCUCGAGCUCGGCACCGUGGUGGCGAUCGACGAGGAGGUUUACUCCUCCGCCGCCGCCUCGGCGCUCGUCGGAAAAGCGGAGGGCGUGUACGUCGCCGCCAGCUCCGGGGACGGCGGCAGUCACAUGAUGGCGAUGACGGCGAGGUUUGUGGGGAGUGGAGAGUAUGAGGAUGGGUUGAGGUUGUUCGGAGUGCUUAAGAAUGACGCGGAAGAAUCGCACUUGGCUGUGAUCGGCGGCACAGGGAGGUACGAUGGAGCUAAUGGGUAUGCCACGGUGAAGCCUCUCGACAUUUCAGGGUCUACAUCAUCGGAGGGUGGAGACGAUGGAUCCUACAAAAUCCUCAAUUUCAAUGCCAUUCUAAGAGAGAAGGCGGAGGGAUGA